AUGUUAACCCGGGCUUUGAAAAUACAAAGAAAUAACCCUUGGAAGAGGAAAUGCUCUUUGUUAAAAGCAGGCUGUCAUGCGAGAACAGUUCAUUCGGUAGCUUCUCAAACGCCUUUACAAGUGGCAAUGUCUACCACAGAACCAAUAAACACUUGGUCCAAAGAAGAGCUUUCGGAAAUCUAUAACAUGCCUCUAUUAGAAUUAGUACAUAGAGCUCAGAUCCAACAUAGAAAAUUUCACGACCCGAGCAAAGUGCAAAUGUGUACUCUGAUGAGUAUCAAAACAGGUGGAUGCUUGGAAGACUGUAAGUAUUGUGCACAAUCCUCGCGGAACAACACUGAGGUAGUCCCCGAGAAGUUAGUAGAUGUUGAGACUGUCAUUGAACAGGCCCAGCAGGCUAAGGAAAAUGGUUCCACUCGUUUCUGUUUGGGUGCCGCUUGGAGAGAUAUGAAGGGGAGAAAGUCGGCAAUGAAAAAAAUUACCAACAUGAUCUCCCAGGUCAACGAGAUGGGUCUUGAAACUUGUGUGACACUGGGCAUGGUCGACGAAGAGCAAUCCCGCCAAUUGAAAGAAAGUGGGUUGACCGCGUUCAACCACAAUGUCGAUACCUCACGGGAACACUAUGAAAAUAUUAUCACCACGAGAAAGUAUGAUGACCGGCUGAAAACCAUCAAGAAUUUGCAAACCGGUGGGCUCAAAGUGUGCAGUGGUGGGAUCUUGGGUUUGGGUGAGACUGCUAAUGACCGGAUCGGGUUUUUGUACACUUUAUCCAACAUGUCCCCUCACCCGGAAUCAGUUCCAAUUAACAGACUGGUUCCAAUUAAAGGUACCCCAAUUGUUGAGGAGUUGAGCAAACCUGGAGUCAAGCAGCUGGAGUUUGACGAUAUCUUGCGCACGAUUGCAACCGCUAGAAUCAUAAUGCCGAAAACAAUUAUCCGGUUAGCAGCUGGCCGUUACACCAUGAAAGAAAACGAACAAAUCAUGUGUUUCAUGGCGGGCUGUAACAGUAUUUUUUCAGGAAAAAAGAUGUUGACAACGAUGUGUAACGGAUGGCAAGAAGAUAAAGCAAUGCUGCAGAAAUGGGGAUUGUCUGUUAUGGAACCCUUCAAGUACAACGUUCAGCAACAAUUGAAAUGA